AUGAUGUCGUAGUCAUUAGUAAUUGUAAUUUUAGCCAACCGCAGGAGCUGACAUUAUACACGUCGCCCGUGCACCGCCACCACUUACAGGUUGAGGUACAGAAUGAAGUAUCGGUCGUUUGACCUUUGACUGCUCUGGCGGCGAAUGACAAAUCGAAUGACAAAAAGGUUGGCAUUUCUCAGAGCGCAGCUGGGGUCCCCGCGCGGAUCUCAGGGUCUGAGGACGUCGGAGUUCCAGAGAUAAUGACAGCGAGCGCUCUGAAAGUUGGUCGAUAGCAGCGGAGGCUUCAAUAACGGAGGAGGGAGACGCAGCGGAAUCGGCUUGGUAUCAGCAGCAACCCUAGGAGGACCGAAGGCAGGCCCACUGCGGGAGAACGACUGCAGCACCAUGGACAGCUCAGGUCCUCCAUCUCCAGAUAUGGACGCAAACUAUGGCGGAGGCCUGCUGGACAUGGUGAAGGGCGGAGCCGGCAAAUUCUUCAGCAACUUCAAGGAUAACCUGAAGGACACUCUAAAGGACACCUCCACCAAAGUCAUGCACCAGGUGGCCACAUACACAAAAGGAGAGCUGGACAUUGCCUACAUCACAUCACGAAUCAUAGUGAUGUCAUAUCCUGCAGAGGCAUUGCAGAUCGGCAACCAGAACCAUGUGGAGGAUAUGCGCUCCUUUCUGGACUCACGGCACGCUGACCACUACACUGUCUUCAACCUGUCACAGCGCAACUACCGAGGCGCAAAGUUCUCCAACCGGGUCUCAGAGUGUAACUGGCCAUCCCGCCAGGCUCCCAGCCUGCACAACCUGUUUGCAGUGUGUAAGAACAUGCACAACUGGCUCAAACAGAACCCCAAGAAUGUGUGUGUCAUCACCUGCUCGCUUUACUCUUGA